GCCGGCAUACCGCGCUAAUCCUAUGGCAGGAGCCAGGUACUUAUCCUGGUCUCCCAUGGGGUGCAGGGCCCAAGCACUUGGGCCAUCCUCCACUGCACUCCCUGGCCACAGCAGAGAGCUGGCCUGGAAGAGAGGCAACCCGGACAGAAUCCGGUGCCCCGCCCGGGACUAGAACCCGGUGUGCCGGCGCCGCAAGAUGGAGGAUUAGCCUAGUGAGCCGUGGCGCCGGCCACUGUAUGUAAACAUUUUCCUUAUUGACUUUUUAUUUUCAUCCUCAGCUCAGUAUUUUAAAAUUAAGUUCUGGCAGGUGAUUUUUUUGUGCUUCUUAUAUAUCAAGCACGUUAGCCUUUUGUCACCUCAUUGACUGCAUAUCCUACUUUCUUAGUUCUUUGUUACUUUUUAAUUUCAUUAGAUUUUGGGUGGAAUAGUCAGCUACUUAACAUUGCUUAGCAUUUUAUGUAUUUUUCAUUUUAUAUAUUUUAACUCUUCCAAUUGUAUAUUUUUAAAUUAAAAAAAAGCAUUCGGUUUUGUUAGAUUCACACGCACAAUAAAGAGUAAGUGCCACCCCUCAGCCGUUCCUGUUUGUAGCAGGUUAAAAAGGUUAAGCUGUAGACCUGUUCACUACCAGAUUAUUAUGUUUUGAGUUCUGGAGGCCGGUUGAAGGAGAUUUGACCCAGUCGCAGGGAAGAUGGGUGGGGUUUUCCGGGUGGAACUCUAUGCUUGUGGGGUUUUGUGUGUGGCAGUGUGUGUGCAGGUGUAUGACCAAGGUGCACAGCACGUGUGUGGGGAUGCGGAUUGCUGUUUGCAGGGCAGCCCACGUGGGCUCAGCCCUCGAUUUUGCUCUGCAUUCUUCCUGCUUUAACCUCUGCUGUUGCCCUGACUCUUGGAGCUUAGGUUCCUUUAGUGAGCAUGGAGUGAAGGCGGCAUGGAGCCACAUAGGAGUUUACACUCCUGGCUUUGGCACCUUCUUUAAAAUAGUCAUGAUUUUAGUAUCUCACUCACUAGUAGCCAGUUUAAAAUUAGAAUAAAUGAAGAUAUGAUGUGUGAUCCAUGAGUCAUGGAUAUGCUUUUUAAAUUAAUCAAUUUUUAAGAAUUAUUUAUUUAUUUACUUGAAAUUCAGAGUUAGAGAAAGAUCCAGAUCUUCCAUCCACUGGUUCACUCCCCAGAUGGCUGCAAUGGCCAGGGGUGGGCCUUACUGAAGCCAGGAGCUUUAUCUGGGUCUCCCACGUGGUGGGACUGUCUUCCUCUGCUUUUCUCAGGCCGUUAGCAGGGAGCUGGAUCCAAAGUGGAGCAGUUAGGAUAUGCAGUGGCACCCAUAUGGGAUGCUGGCAUUGCAGGCAGCGGCCAUAUGCAGUAAGCCACAAUGCCAGCCCCAGUGAGUGUUUAAAAAAAGAGAUUGGGUCUACUUUUUAAAAAAGUAUUUAUUUAUUUAUUUAUUUGAAAGACAGAGUUGCAGAGAGAGGUAGAGAGAGAGGUCUUCCAUCCGCUGGUUCACUCCCCAGAUGGCCGCAACAGCCAGCGCUGCACUGAUUCGAAGCCAGGAGCCAGGAGUUUCCUCUGGGUCUGCCAUGUGGGUGCAGGGGCCCAAGGACUUGGGCCAUCUUGCUAUCCCAGGCCAUAGCAGAGAGCUGGAUCGGAAGAGGAGCAGCUGGGACUAGAACUGGCGCUCAUAUGGUAUGCCAGCGCUUCGGGCCAGAGCAUUAACAUGCUGUGCCACAGCGCUGGCCCCUAGGGUCUACUUCUGUAACCAGCUCUUAACUGCAUGAUUGUUAACUUUUUUCUGUGUAUUUAGAUUACAUUAUAAAUUACUAGGUUAAAUAAACACUGUGUAUCAUAUCAAAAGUACUUAAACUUCUUAAAGGUCAUUAAAAAUGAAAAAAAUUAUACAUUGUAUAAAUAUUUGUAUAUUCAGUAUUUGUCUUUUAAUAUUGAACUCAGACUGUUGCCUUCUUACGUUUGGUGAUGCCAUGUCUGUGGGUUAGGGACUGAGCUGGGUCCCACCUGUGUGGAUGGACAGGUGUCACUCCCCACAUCUGGAAUCAUCUGUGGUGCAGGACAUUCCAGCCAGAACUUUCUGGACAUUCUUGUAUUUGGCAGCUGCUAUGGGAAACACACAGCGGUGUCUGCGUCUGAAACUAGAACCAGUAGCUCCUAGUGGUUCCUCGGGUGCAGGAAGGGAGUGGGAGGGAAGGGCCGGUGUGGGAGAGAUUCUGGCUUCAGUUCCAGCAUGUGACUUGGUCACUUGUUACUGGAUGUGUGAAAGUUAGUCAGAAUUGAAACUACAGUGGUUACAUUUUGCUGUGCUUCCUGCUCUUUCCAACAGCACAAAGUAUUAUUCUUCCCAUUGGACAGGUGAGAAAAUUGAGUCUCAGGGAUUGUGUUUCAUUCAAGGUGAGCGUAGGUUCCAGGACAGCAGGUGCACGUGGUGAGUUCAACUUUGGACGUGGUAAAAACGGGGCAUGGCUGGUUUCAGAGCGGCAUCUUGCUGGAAACUUGAAACAGUAAUUUGGAGAUACAGGUUUGGAGCUUGGAACGGAGGGAAAGGGCUGAAGGGAUGGGUCUGGGAAACACUGAGCAGGGGGUGAUGACUGUACAAGACCUGCUGCUCGUGUGCUGCGCGCCGACACUGCGGUGUGGGGACUCUUGUUCACCGAGGCGUUGCUCCGUGCCGUGCUUUAUGGAGGACAGGUUCCCACUUUGCAGGAAGCACUCAUCUCGUUCAAAGGGGGCUGCGGAAUGUGGAGGGAGGAGGUGGUGUUUCAGGUCCUUUCUCAACCCAGGUUCCCAGGUGAUGGGGGGGGGGGCACAGGGCCCUGCCAGGUGCCGCAGCUGCUCAGCUGUGCUUCCUCCACGUCCCGUGCACGUUUUAGAUGCACUGUCCUAGGUCCCUGGAGAGAGAAAGUGGAGAUUACUGCUUUUAACUGCACUCUUCAGGAGGUAUCCUUAGUUACUUAACAAGGAUAUGUUACUUCUAGUAACACAGAAGGCAUGCGUUAGCUCCCUUAGUACACAGAGAAGAGACUACAAGUCCAAGGUAGUAACUCUGGAUUUGGAGGGAUGGGCGUGUGAAAGGAGGUAGCCUUAGCCACACUUGUGCUGUGGCCAUGAAUGUUCUGGGGUCUGUUCUCUUCCCCACAGUCUCACCAUGGAACCCCUCACCAUUCUGUUCCCCAGCACGGUGGAGCUUCCUCACCGCUCAGCCUUUGGCAUUGGCCUGAGUGUCUUGCCUGGCACACCCGGUGGAAGCCGGUGCGAUGGAUGACCCAAGGUUAUGUUUCUUCUCUGCUAGGCUGCCACUGGCAGGUUUGCGAGGCUGCACAGCCUGCCCGGGAGCUUACCUCCCUGGCCAGUGGGUGCUGUGAGAUGGUCAGGAACGGUUGCUGGAGGAAGCGCAGGUCAGCUCUUUGUGUUGGAAGAACGUGUAGAGAGGUGCACCACAGCAGGGUCAUUCCAGUUCCUGUGCCCUGGGACACACUGAGGGCGGGGCCACACCUCCACAGCGACACUACCUGAGGGGAGCGUCCUGUGGUCCCCAGGCGCGGCAGGGUAGGAGGAGUCAAGAAGCCUGGCCUGGGAGUGUCCUUGAACUGGCCUGGGACUCACUCCCGGUGACAUAUCUUCAUCUGCUUGCAACUCUGAUGUCCACUCUCAAGGUGUUUCGUAGCUACAGAAUUGUCUUCUUGCUGACUGCUGGGCAAUUUUGGAAGGGAGGAAGAAUGAAAUGGACAGAGGAACUGGGUUUUUGCGGGCUUUCUCUUUUCAUGACAGAUGUGUGGUUAGCACUCUAUGUAUAUGAAUAUCUGCUCCAUGUAGGAGCUCAGAAAUCGGCCCAAACAUUUUUAUCAGAGAUAAGAUGGGAAAAAAACAUCACAUUGGGGGAACCACCAGGAUUCUUGCAUUCUUGGUGGUGUGUGUUCUGGGAUCUCUACUGUGCAGCCCCAGAGAGGCGGGAAACAUGCGAGCAUUCAAGCGAAGCGAAAGCCUUCCAUGAUUAUCCAUUCAUGUCACCUCGGUACCCUGGAGGUCCAAGGCCCCCAUUGAGGAUCCCUAAUCAGGCACUUGGAGGUGUCCCAGGAAGUCAGCCAUUACUCCCCAGUGGAAUGGACCCAACCCGACAACAAGGACAUCCAAAUAUGGGUGGGCCAAUGCAGAGAAUGACUCCCCCACGAGGGAUGGUGCCCUUAGGACCACAGUCUGACCCUUGGUUAUCAUUACAGAGCUAUGGAGGUGCCAUGAGACCCCCACUGAAUGCUUUAGGUGGCCCCGGAAUGCCUGGAAUGAACAUGGGUCCAGGUGGUGGCAGACCUUGGCCAAACCCAACAAAUGCCAAUUCAAUACCAUACUCCUCAGCAUCUCCCGGGAAUUAUGUAGGUCCACCAGGAGGCGGAGGGCCACCAGGGACACCCAUCAUGCCCAGUCCAGCAGACUCAACCAACUCGGGAGACAACAUGUAUACUUUAAUGAAUGCGGUACCUCCUGGACCCAACAGGCCUAAUUUCCCGAUGGGCCCCGGGUCAGAUGGCCCCAUGGGCGGAUUAGGAGGAAUGGAGUCACAUCACAUGAAUGGCUCAUUAGGCUCAGGAGAUAUGGACAGUAUUUCCAAGAACUCUCCCAAUAACAUGAGCCUGAGUAAUCAGCCGGGCACCCCGAGGGAUGAUGGCGAGAUGGGGGGAAGCUUCUUAAAUCCUUUUCAGAGUGAGAGCUACUCCCCGAGCAUGACCAUGAGCGUGUGAGCCCGCGGACCCCGCGGGGAGCCGGCCCUCCGCGGAACCACUACGGAAGAUAAUUACUCAUCACAGCGUGCAGUCAACCAAGGAAUCUCAGUCACACCAAGCCGACCUUUUUAUUUCCUGCUCUCUCCCCUCUCUCGUGAAGAAAGCGGGUCCAAACGUGAUUCAAACAACCGUCCGGAGCGGCAGACUCGCACUGCCCGCCGCGGAACUGCAAAUCAUGCCCUGUGUGUGUCUGUGUGUGGGACGGCGGAUGUGCUGUCCACGUGUAUGGUAAACGGACAUAGGCACAUGCGUGCGGUGACCCACAGGACACUCACGAACACGAUCACGUGGCAUCUUACGUAGCGAUAAGUAGGGACUUUUAUUCCAUCCUUUUUUUCACGUUUACAUUUUAAUUAUUAAAAGUCGCUCCCGCCCCCUCCCUGAACUAUUUUGUGCUGUGUAUAUCACUGCUUUAUAUAAGUUAUUUUUUAAGGUGAACUCAGAUGUUAUGGUUUUGUAAAUGUCUGCAAUCAUGGAUAGGAAUAAAAUGGCUUAUUUCA